GUAUGUGUGUGCGUGUGUGUAUAUGUGCGUGUUGUGUGUGUCGGAUAGAAAGUCAGCCUGGUUUCCAGCUGAGUGCUUGCUCUCUCACAGUGUGUGUGUGUGUGUUGUCAUUAUUAUCCACUCUGCUCCCAGCUCAGAAUGGCCAGAUUCACUCAGACUGAAACAAGAAGGCAGCACCAUCCACAGCAGCCCCAGCCCGCUCACUCCAGCCUGGUUUUCACCGGACCGGGGGCACCACCGACCCAACAUCCACUACUACUUAUCCCACAUCAGCACCAGUACCCUCAGAUCACAUUUCCGAAACCCAUGAACGGGUCAGAACCCAUUUCAAUUCAUCCGGAGAACGGCAACAUGAAAGACCAAGAUGCCAUUAAGCUGUUUAUCGGGCAGAUACCGCGGAACUUGGAAGAAAAAGACCUGAAACCCCUGUUUGAACAGUUUGGGAAAAUCCACGAACUGACAGUUCUCAAGGACCGAUACACCGGCAUGCACAAAGGUUGUGCAUUCCUCACCUACUGCGCCCGAGAGUCGGCCAUCAAAGCCCAGAACGCCCUCCAUGAACAGAAAACACUGCCAGGGAUGACUCGCCCCAUCCAGGUGAAACCGGCUGACAGCGAGAGCCGUGGAGAAGACAGGAAGUUGUUUGUCGGGAUGCUGAACAAACAACAGACCGAGGAGGAUGUGUACCGCCUCUUCGAACCCUAUGGAGUCAUUGAGGAGUGCACGGUCCUAAGAGGUCCUGACGGAAACAGCAAAGGUUGCGCCUUUGUCAAGUUCUCCACACACACUGAGGCUCAGUCUGCAAUCAGUGCCCUCCACGGCAGCCAGACCAUGCCAGGUGCUUCCUCCAGCUUGGUGGUCAAGUUUGCCGACACAGACAAGGAGCGCACCAUCAGACGUAUGCAGCAGAUGGUUGGGCAGUUUGGCAUCUUUAACCCAGCCAUCGCCCUUCCCUUCAGCACCUACAGCUCUUACGCACAUGCGCUCAUGCAGCAGCAGGCAGCCAUCAUGGCAGCAAGCCACGGAGGUUACCUCACGCCAAGCGUGGCUUUCCCCGCCACACAGAUCCACCAGAUGGGGGCGCUCAACAUCAACAGCCUCCCACCCACCCCCAUGACCCCGGUGUCGGGUGAGUUUCAUCAAACCCUGGCAGGCCUCAGUUCUCCACCAGCCAACAUCACCACCUCCGCCGUGCCCAGCAUCGUCACGCCCAUCGUCAACGGAUUCACCGGCAUCCAUCAUCAGCCUAACGGACACCCUGCUGUGGAGACUGUGUACACCAACGGCCUGCCGCCCUACUCCACCCAGAGCCCCACCGCUGCGGACACCCUCCAGCAAGCCUUCACUGGAGUACAGCAAUACACAGCGAUCUACCCAGCCACCACACUGACUCCCAUUGGCCAGACACUGCCCCAACCACCCCAGGUCAUCCAGCAGCAGCAGCAGAGAGAAGGUGAGGGUCCUGAAGGUUGUAACCUGUUCAUCUACCACCUGCCACAGGAGUUUGGAGACAAUGAACUCAUGCAGAUGUUUCUGCCCUUCGGCACUGUCAUCUCCUCUAAAGUUUUCAUGGACCGGGCAACCAACCAGAGCAAGUGCUUCGGCUUCGUGAGCUUCGACAACCCUGCUAGUGCACAGGCAGCUAUUCAAGCCAUGAAUGGCUUUCAGAUUGGGAUGAAGAGGUUGAAAGUCCAGCUAAAGAGACCGAAGGAUGCCAGCCGCCCUUACUGACACAGCCUACCUUCAGUAUUCAUUGCAGCAGCACAGGUUUUAGAGGACACGUGAAGAUAUCUCGGAGGAGUUAAACUUUUUUUCUUUGAAAGCAAAAUAUGUUUUAAAAAAAAUCAACACAUAAGGAAUUUUUGAAGACAUAUCAGCAUUUACUUAUGAAGAUAUAGGUUACGUCAGAAAAAACGAAGAUGCGAAAGAGGAGGAGGCACUUCACCGGGGGACUUAACAGUAACAGAUGGCACAGUGCAAGAAAGACGAGAAGAAAAAAAAAACUGAAAAAAGAUGUGAUGAGACUGAACAACAGAACUUUUUCUUGUUGAGACUUGAAUUGUUAAUUAAGCAACAAACUAACAAACAAAAAAGCAGCAACAACAAAUAGAUUUCUAUAUACAUAUUAUAUACACAUAUAUAUAAGGAAAGAGGCGCUUGUGGCUUUUACUGUACUGGACAAAUGAGGGUUAAAACUUGAAGAUCAAGAAACACAGUGGAAAAAAAGAAGCUAUUCUAUACGUCCACUGACAGACUUUCUUUCUCUUUCCCUCUUUCUCUUAUUCUCUCACCGUCUCUCAGCAAGCGCAGAACUAUGACUCUUGGAGGUCACUGAGGUUUCCAUUAGCAACAGUAGAACUGCAAAUCUUUCACCCCUAAGGGACCAAAGGACCAAACAUUUUUAUUGUUCUGAACAGUAAUAUAUAGUAUUAAUGAUACUAAUACUACAAACUACUACUAAUAAUAUUACAAGUUAAACUUAAGAAGAAAUACUAGCUUCAGGUUGAAAAAAAAAAAAAAAGAGGAAAGGGGUUUUGGUUUCUUUUCCUUUUACAUUUAUAGCUACUGGGUUUGAAGAUAUUAAAAGAAAACAGAAAAAAAAAUGUAUAAAAAAAAAUAAAGCUAUACUAAUUUAGUGGCGUAGAAUAUGUGGGUUAGACGUUGAUUCGGGCAUGUUCAGAUAUGUCAUUUUGCCGCUCAUUGCUUUUCAUCCACAUCACAGCAUUUCAUCUCAGAGGUGUGGGCCGUCGGCGUUAUUGUGUCGGUAGAAGGAGAAAACAGUCUCGUAGUGCCAAAAGUGACACAAUAACAGCCUCUUAAACCAAACGUUACUGAUCUACAGUGUAUUAAGCCGUGCCAUGCUGUAUUCUGCUCUUGCCGGCGUGUCGAAAUUCCAUAAUUGAAGCAAGAGCCAUUCCAUGUCAUCAUUAAAGCCUUGAUAUUACAGAUAAUCUGACCAUAAAGCACUGUGGUAAAAGUGCCACCCGGCUGAGCUGGAUACGCAGCAGUAAAACAGCGCAGCAUCUGUAACUGCUUAAUAAAAUAUACAAAUGAGCCUGACAGCAGUUGUAAAAAUUUCCAUCGGCGUGUCACUGUGGUCCCUGCCGGGUCGUGCCCUCGCCCGCUGCCAAGCUCCUCCAGCUGCUCUCAGCAGGCGAGAGCAAGACUCCCCUCCUCUUUCUCCUCCCCCUUUCUCUCGCUCUCUCUCUAUCUCCUCUCCUCACCUCACCUCCAAGUGCCAGCAUAUCUCUCUCUUAAUAGGGACCAUCAGUUCACGGGGGCCGAGAGCUAACCCACAGCAUAAUUAGGAUAAUGAUAAUAUUGAUCAGAUGGGGAGCAGCACCGCGGGGCAAGAGAUGCACAAUCAAUUACACAUUGGCAUUUCGAAUGAAUUGACUGAGUGACAGUCUAUUUUUCUCUCAGUGGCUGGAUGGGAGUCUUUUCACCCAACCCCUCGCUUACUGUCUUAGAGGGGAUCCCAACUCUGACGGAGGCAGCAUCUCCUGCGGGGACCUUUAAACCUAUGUCAUUAUCGCAACGAAAGAAAAAAGUUCAGAGAUUUACACGGCUGUGACAGGAUCUGUAUAUAGUGUUUAGUACAAGUUCUUCAGUGAAGAGCAGCUGUAUAUUUUUUUUUUCCAAAGGGUAUAAUGGCACAGUAAGAGCUUGUACACGGUGAGGAACAGCCUGGAAUUACCAGCCUUAGGAGGUCAAAUUAAGAGCAAAAUGAUCCAUCAAUUAGACAGCAGCAGGCCUGUAAGUGUAGCUGCUACAGCUGCUGCUGCCUCAACAAGACGACAGCUUACCAUUAGCGCCGGUCACACAUGGCUCCUAUGCAGUGUGGUCACGACACAUCACACAGUAUCAGAUGUGAUUAAUUAACUGAAGUAGCGUCAUCUGUGGUGAUGCUUUCAAAAAAACAAAAAAACACAGUACAUCCGAGAUGAAAUCUGUCUUUCAUGACUUUUUUUUUUUUUCCAUUCCACUCACAUUUUCUCAACUUCAGCAUCCACUGAGUUGUCUUUUCAUGUGUUCUUCCAACAUGCCAUUCGUUGACUCACUUUGCUCUGAAGCAGCUUGCCCCUCAGGACCUCAGCGCUCUGAUCAUCGCUCUAAACAUAACAAACAUCAGCCCUUCAGUCAUCGAAUCACAGUGCUGGCUCUAUGGCUCCAUCCACACAUGUAGACUCUUCAGAAAACAGGGCUACUACGCCUCUGUAGCCUGAUGACUUGUGUCUUUUAGUUUUACUUUGGCUCGCCACUUAAUUAGUAGGAUUACUGCUUCACAGGACCAGUAGUAUUAGAAAGGGGGUGUUUAAUUCCCAGGAAACCGUUAACAGAUAUUACCCACAUGUUCUGUUGCGGGGAAUACAUAGAUGCUGCAGAAAGAAAGAAAUGCCUUUUCUUAUCAUGAAUUGCCAAAUUAUGCAAACAUAUCCACUGCAUUUCCUCAUCCUAAAACUUCAAAUGUGUGCCAGAUUCUUUGAAAAUUUAAGAUUUCUUAUAUAAAUGUGUUAAUUUUCAGGAAAUACUGAUCAGUGGGAAGAAAUAUUUGAUUAUCUGAUGUAUAAUCUUGUCAGAGGACGGUCGGAGGCUGUAAUGAUGUAGAAUAGGGUUUUCCAGUCAAAGGUUAGCUUUCAUAUAUAUUUGCCAGAAGACAGCUUCCUUUCCCCUGGUGAGUUACUGUUAGUUUCCUCUCUCCUGUCAGGGCCCAGCAGCUUUAGGAAGCUGUGAUAUAUGCUCUCCUUUCCCGGGGCCAUACAGGGCCUUAUAAACCCACUCAAAAAUCUUUUCUUAUGGGAUUUCUACUAGAGAGUUUUUUAAAUUAUUAAAAUCAAAUUAAAUUUGGCCUUCACAACAGCUUGGGUAAUGCAAAUUAAAGAUGCCAGCUGUGGCUGAAAUGUAAUGAGUUUGAAAAGAUGUUGAGUUAAUUUCAUUCUGCCAAGGAAGGGGGAGAAAAAAAAUGAAAUUUGAUCGAACGCAAUUAAAACAGUGAAGGUUUGUGGAUGGAGAAGAGAGUUUCAGUGUAGUGCUAAGCCUGAAUAUACAUAUCUACUGUGAAAUUUAGGAAAGGGUAAUGAAAUGACUGAAAGCUAAUUGAGUUUAACAAUUUUGAACUGACUGAAAAUCCAUACAAAAAAAGUCAGGAAACAGCAGCACUGAUUCCAGUAGUGUUAUAAUUAAGCUGCAUGAUCAAACUAACGUUUAUAUUCUGCAUUGUUUUUACUUUUGCAUCCAUUUUCUAUCAGUUUUUAAAAUAUUUGUCAUCCUACCAUGGUGCCCUUUCAAUCUCUGAGCAUGCUCAAUGGGGGCUGGGAGGGUUAAAGAUUAUGAUUAUGGUACUACUCGUAUUAACAAUAUGAUUCUUUAACUAUGGUUUGAAUGCUAAGGAUAGUAGCUUAUUAUAAAUAUGAAAUCUGUAUAUUAUGGAAAAUCAGCACAGGACCUUUCUUUGGAUACAUAUGGGUUUAGGGUUUGAAAUGGGGGAGGGGUCUUGGGGAGGGAGAGGGGUUAUCGCUUUAUAAAGAUGUUAACUUUCUGGUUUCUCAGCACAAAGCAUUCAAAAAACAUAUAAACAGCAGUACGGAGUCUGUGAAGAAGACUUUUCUGACAUACAGGGCGCAAAAAGAGGAAUCUCAGUACUAUUCUUUAAACCUGGAGGAGAACAUGCAGUUUUGCAGGUUGUGUUUCUUUUUCUUA